AUUUGUUAUUUUAUUUUUUUGGGAUUAUUUUAUUUAAUUUUUACUUUUUAAAAUUUGAUAAAGUAGUUUUUUAUUUCUAGCAAAAAUUUAAAAUCAGCGUGUCAAAUUUAAUGCUGAAAGUAUAUUAAAUUGAAACUUAAAGUAAAAAAAGAAGUUUCAAUCUGACUUUUAUUCUGAGGCCGGAUGGUUCUAUGGCCUCAGUGACCAACCUGACCACCGUGGAUGUCUACGAAAUGGCAGCCAAAAUUGGUAACCAGUUUGAGAAAAUGAUAGACAAGUCUGGAAUGGACUACGUCAUCGAACUCAUGCCACCAGUUAUCAGGGCUCUCGAAUGUCUUGAAGAAAUGACUGCCAGGCUGGAAUGUGAAAAUGCAGAAGUUUCUGAAUUAAAGUUUACAGUUGAACGUCUGCAAAUGGAAAAAAAAUUGAAAGCUGAAGAAAAAUUGAAAUAUGAAAUGGAGCUAGAACAAAUUGAGGAAAGAUGGAAAAAAGAUGCACAGAAUCAGCAGGAUCUUAUCAACAAGUUGCAAGAAGAAAACCAGAGACUGAAUUCUAUUAUUGUUCAAAAUAAAAUCAACGAGUCUUUACAUAUUGAGUUGGUUGAUGAGCAAGCAGAGUUGCAAGGAGAAAUUGAGAAUUUGAAACUGAUAAUUCAGAAGCAGCGUGAUGAAUUAAAAAACUUGGAUAAAAAUUUGGACGAACAGACAAGCAAUGCUGAAAUGUUGGAGUCAAAGGUGAGACAUCUGUUUCGUCAGAACAGUGAUUGCAACCGCAAGACAUCACAGAUGGAGAAGAUAGCACAGAACACCAUCUUCGAAAAGUCUCUUCUCUUGUCGCAGCUGAACGAGCGGGACAGGUUCGUGAAGAUGUUACAGGAGAAAAUGAAGAGACUUGAGGAAUCUGUCGGUUGGAACAGUGAACAACAAGCUGAAUUGGAGAGGAUGAGUGUAUUUGAGUAUGAGUCAGUGGUGAGAGAGAGAGACGACCUGAUAAUUAAGGUGCACGCCCUCCAAGAAGAACUUCACCUCCUCAAACUUCAGAGGAAAACAACGACACAUCUACCACCACCACCAACGACGACGACGAUGGUCAUGAUGACGAUGCUCCAGUGCAGGGUCCAAUCAACAGGGAGCCUGAUGAGAAGUUGUUCCCAGAGAGGUUCAAGAAGCAGUCCGGCAUAAGGAGAUUUUUCCGAAAUUUGUUAACCUCAUUAAAAUCGUCACCAUCGUCAUCUUCUCUGUCAUCGCGGACAUCAAUAUCAGCAUCAGCGAAGGGAGGCCCCAACAGAGUGAUGACGUCAUCGUCAUCGUCAUUCCCUUCGUCACCGCAUCAUCAUCUCACUCAAAGUUUGUCAACAGACCGACGACACAGCAUUGCCAGAGUAACAUCAUCACCACCACCACCAUCAUCAUCGUCGUUCUCAUCAUCGUCAACAUCAUCAUCAUCAUCGCAGUCCUCAUAUUUCAAACGGAGCCCUCUCUGAUAUUCUUUUGUAUUUUUGUUUGUUUGUUUUUUACACGGUUUUGUAAGUUUUUCAAAUUUGUAAUUUUUUCAAACUUGAACGUUAGAGAUAUAGUCAGUCAUCAGUUGCUUUUGGCAAAUAUUUUUGAAUUUUUGGUGAAUAAUUUUGAAGUUUUUUUUUUGAUUAAAUGUGUUUGAAGAAGUGAAGAAGAAAUAUCUCAAGCCUCCAAUCAGCAUAGUUUGUAUCAAAUUGAAAUUGCAUAGAUUGUAUGAUGUUCAAAUUUUUUUGUAUGAAUGUUUUUAUUUCAUUUGUGUUCAGUUUCUUGACAUCACUUCUAAAAGGGUUUUGACAAGUUAUUCAUUUUAUUGCUCUCAUGAGAAUUGAAUGAUGAUGAUGAUUGAAUGAUGAUGAUGAUAAUGAUUGAAUGAUGAUGAUGAUGAUAAUGAUUGAAUGAUGAUGAUGAUGUUCGAAUGAUAAUAAUACAUAAUACUAUUAAUUAUUGCCCGAACGAACUGUUGAAAUAAUCGUGUUUCCAUUGUUUUACAACACAUCCACCCACACCAAGUGAUUAAGUCUAUUCCACUGAUCAUCUCUAUAUCUCUGUAAUUUAAGGAAGCAGUCUGAGUUGAGGUAACGUUGUUGUGUGGUGUUGCGUGCCAAUCAGUGCUGCUAUGUUAUCCGCAGUGAGCAUGGGCUGAAUCUUCAUUUCAACUUCUCUAGGGAGUUUUUUUUUUUGAAAUUUUCAUCUAUUUUAUCAGUGUUUUGUUAACUGACAAUACGAAAGAUUUAUAAAUAAAUAAACUCAUCAUGUUUCUCACAUUUUACUUUUGAUACGUCCAUGAAUGUUUGUAUUUCAAUCUGAUAUGAUCUUUAUGUAUUGUUAUUAAUAUAUGACAGUUUCGUUGAUGAUCGACCAUAUGUGCAAAUUUUUUAUUAUUUUGGUUUCAUAUUUUAUUUUAUUUUUCGCUGAUUUUGAAAAACAAAAUAACGAAUUUGAAUU